UAUCUUGUAUGUGAGCUGGAAAGGUUGCUAAGUUACCUCAUAAAUAUCCAGGGUAAUGUCCUCAUCUCCUGCUCAAACCCCAGUAGAGCUGCAUAGUUUAGCUCCCUUAGUUCUGUUGCUGAGUGCAACUUGGGAGAGACUGAAACAUCCUAUAGAAAAGAACAUGUUGUUGUUAACACUGCUGUCAACAAAAAGCCAGUCAAAUUAAACCAUGAACAAUAAAUACAUAGUACAUAGAUACACUAAUACUUCAGCCUGGUAACCUCAGAAAACAUGUGGUGAUCCCUCCUCUAUACACUUUCUCUGGUCACUGCCUCCCACCACACUUCUCCAGAACAAGAGAAGUUCAUUAUUUAUUUCUACCAGUUAAAAUGCACUAGAAAGUUACUACCCUGGUUUGUACACGCAGACAUCCUGGAUGCAGCAGAAAGAAGGCUGAGCUGCUGGUAGAUUCAUUGAAUUUAUAUUCCUGCCUAUAUUCAGUUCUGCUUGCUUUGGAAAAAGCAUGCCAGGAGGGGGCCUGGUAAAUGCUGCAUCCUGCACCUGUAAACACCAUGGUCAUCAAACACUUUUUCAUCAUUUAUAUACCAAUAUAAAUUCAAGGCCUGCAGAGAGGAAACACCAAGUCACAUGUCCACCUAUAGGCCAUGCAACACAUGGAAAACAAUUUCAUGGACUAAACAGCUAUACAUCACCGUAUUUUCACUCUCAAAAUGGUUUUCACACAAUACAUUCUGAGAACAGUCCAGUAAAACCAAGAAUUGUGACAGUAGUUAAACCAGGAAAUCACCCUUUGAAGAAAAUCACUUUGCUUUUGAAUAGAAGGUCAGUGCAGACCUUUGAGCAGCUUAUUGCCGAUAUAUCUGAAGCCCUGGGAUUGCCUAGGUGGAAAAAUGACCAUGUGAGAAAAUUGUAUAACCUGAAAGGCAAAGAAAUACGUAGCGUGUGUGAUUUCUUUCGUGGGGAUGACAUUUUUAUAGCUUUGGGUAAGGAACAGCUGACCACUAAAUGCAUUGAAAUUGUGUUUAAUGAACUUUAUCCUGAUAGGCUUUUAACAAAGAACCCAGAUCAUUAUGAAAGACGCAGAUGCAAAUUAAAUGAAAAUGGACAAACUAUAGAUAGUGGCUAUGAAGACACAGACUUGGUCAACAAAUGCGACACUAUGUCUCCAAGACUGACAACCAAACAUGAUGCGAAGGGUUAUGUCAAACAAAAGCCAGAAGUAACAAGGAAAUCCAAAAAACAAGAAAAGAUCAAAAGUCAUCAAGAAAAUUUGUCUGGGAAAAUGAAAAAACUUGAACUUUGCCAUUGCAAACCAAAUAAAGUCUUGACUUCAAGUUUAGAUUGUGCCAACCAAUGUGAGCAACGUAAGGAGAUUACAAUCAAGCAUAGACUGUACACUGAAAUGAACACAGAUACGUCAUCAGGCAAUGCUGAUUUGAAUGAAAAGUGUAAGAUAUUACCAAUUGGAAGCUGUAAGGAAGAAAGGCCAUUGUUAACAUGUGUAAACUGUCAUAACAAAUGUAGGAACAAAAGAGAUGCCAAUGACUUACAGGAAAGAGGGGACAGCAGCAUAGAAUUGUAUGAGAAAACACACUAUCCUCAUUCCAGAAUGCAAAGUCAUAGUAUGCAAAGGCAUGAGUGCUUUAAAAAUAAAUGCCAAAGAGACAGAAGAAAAUUGGGUGGGAAGCAUUCUGACUGCAUAACAAUAAAACCUAGUGGUAGGCUUAUUGAAGAUUUCCUGGAAGACACAAAGGAAAACAUACAAAUAAAAGUAGACAAAAUAGAGGCGGACAAUGAAUCCAACAGUAAAAAGGACAUAAUGAACAAUAUUGACUCAACAGAACAAAAGAUUGAAGGCGGACUGCCGAGAAGAGAUGACGAAAAGGCAGUUUCUAGCACUAGCAGAAUAUGCUGUAUAAAAGACCAUCUGGAUGUACAAAUAAAUUAUGAGAUUGGCAGGACUAUUGGAGAUGGAAAUUUUGCAGUUGUCAAAGAGUGUAGACUUCAAAAAACGAACGAAGAAUAUGCCAUGAAAAUUAUUGAUAAGGCUAAACUAAUAGGUAAAGAGGAUAUAAUUAAAAAUGAAGUUAGCAUAAUAAAAAUGCUUUCCCACCCAAACAUAGUAAAACUAAUUGAUGAUUUUGAGACUGACAAUGACAUUUAUUUGAUAUUGGAGUACAUUAAAGGGGGAGAUUUAUUUGAUGCUAUUACAGAGAGCGUUAAAUUUACUGAACAUGAUGCAGCACUUAUGAUGUCUGACUUGUGCAAGGCUUUAGUAUAUAUUCACAGCAAGAAUAUCGUGCACAGGGACUUGAAACCUGAGAACCUGUUGGUGCAGCAAAAUCCUGAUGGAUCUGCCACUCUGAAACUGGCUGACUUUGGGCUUGCUGUAUAUGUUACAGAGCCUAUCUUCACUGUAUGUGGAACACCAACAUAUGUGGCUCCUGAAAUACUGCUGGAAAAAGGCUAUGGGUUAGAGGUUGACAUGUGGGCCACCGGAGUUAUCUUGUACGUACUGUUAUCUGGCUUUCCCCCUUUCCGGAGUCCAGAACGCAAUCACGAAGAAUUAUUCCAGAUAAUCCAACGUGGAGAGUAUGAAUUCUUGUCACCGUACUGGGAUAACAUCUCAGAUGAGGCUAAAGAUUUAAUCAACAGCUUGCUUGUGCUCAAUCCUAUGAAGAGGUUUACUGCUAGGUGUGUUUUACAGCACAUGUGGAUCAAAACAAGUGGGCAAAUGAACAGUCAUAACCUGCAGAGAGAAGUUAGCAUGAAUAUUGAUCGCCAUUUCCGCAACCAUAUCUAGAAACCUGGUACAAAAAAAUGAACUAUAAUUUUGUAGUAUACGAUCUCUGUAUUCACACAAUGUAAAAUCACAUAUUGUCAUAUUGUACGUAUCAAAGAAUGUUAAUAUCUGUACUGAAUAAUUUUAGAAUACUGUUUGGAUGUAGAUUAAAUCUAGGAUGGGAAUUUGUCAGUUGUGGAAGAAAAAACUAUAAGCUCUAAUUGUUUGACUACCAAUGGAAGUUUUUGCUUUAAUAUACGGUACUGUUACUGAUAACUUUUUGAAGACACCUUUAUUAAUUUCACCGUUUCAUAGGUUGUUCUGGUGAUCAGUGUCACCAGAAUAAAAAGUUGUGGAUAAUAAUCCAAAAUGUUACAGUUAUCACACUUGUUCUGCUGACUAUUGCGCUACUGCCAUGGGUGAUCUUUCCAAUGGGACAUAGACAGCAAAACAAAGCCUCUCAGGUUUUUAACUAUUAACUAAAUCUUAAAGCAUAUCUAAUCCCAAAAACAAAACAAAAAAAUACAUAUUGCAUCUUACAAAUCCUUAGAUGUGAUGGCUGCAUUUCUUCUUCUUUUUUUAUUUUAUUUUUUACACAUGACGAUCGGGCCAGAAACACACCUCCUGCCUUAAGCUGGCAAUGCACUGAUUGAAAAUCGGUCAGUUCAGAAGGGACUGGCUGAAUUUCUUUCAGUGUGUGGCCUCUGCUGCUCGACAGAAGUAUAUUAUUUAACCAAUUUCUGUUUAUGGGUUUGACAUGUUGGAACAUUUUGAAAUGAUCAGCAGCUGCAGCCACUAUUACAAUAUAGAUCAGUAUUUUCUGACACAAAGUAAAACAAACAAUGGCCCAUGGGACUUUAAAUGAGAUGUUCAUAAUGAUCAAAGGGUAAACAAGAUGUACGAAUGUAUAAACUAACACAGUUUAUUGGAAUAGUAUAAAUCUUCUAGUAUGGGAUUAUUGGUACAGGCUUCUUGCUCUUGUCCAAUCAUAACCUAUACUCCAAUUGAUACUUCACUUAUUUUUACAGACAUUGGAUAUACACAUCAGCCCCUGAUGAAGCGAGUAGAGCUCAGGAAACGAGUUGGGUUAUAGAUGUAUUAUUUAUAUCUGUACUAUUAAUAUUUUGUGAUUAUAUACCAUUAUGGCUAUGUUUAGAGGACGUUUAUGCUAUGUUGCUGCUUUUAUGAAUCUGUCACCCAUGCUCAUGUCUUGUAUUGGAUGAUGUUUAUACUAUUCCAAUAAACUUUGUUACUUUAUACAUUUAUACAUCUUGUAUACCCUUUGAUCAUCAUAAACACCUCAUUUAAAGUCCCACGGGCCACUGUUUGUUUUUACUUUAUGUAAUAUGGGGAUGGAGGCGUUUCAUGUCGGGGGGCAGCUUUCAGACCUUCUCUAAUUUUGAAGUAUAUUCUAAAACCAACGAAUGCGGCUGUCAGAAUGCAAUGCCCUGAUGUGUUUUUCUUUUUGGGUUAAAGGAUUUAACUAAAUUAAUAAAAGCUGACAAUUGUAUGCACUGCUGUAAGUGUUUAAUGUUUAUUCUCAACCCACUAAACUGCACUUUUGCUGGAUAGCUUGGUCUGUUAAAGAAAUCUGCAAACUAUAUGACUUACUGGCAGGAUCAACAGGUAAUAAAACUAUAUUACCGAGAGACCAAGAAGAACAAAGACUGCUGUGUUAAUGAUAUUGUCAAACUGCAUCAUAUAUGUCAUUUUUGAUUUUGCCCAUAGUCCCAUAUUAAAGUAUAUCUAAAGUUU